UGUAAUAAGCACACAAACGCACACAGACACAUGCAGCAGACACAGCAUGGAUGCAGCUAGUGUGUGCAACAGCAGAUCAGGUUGUCCUGGCUCCUACAGAUGCUUCACGGGACGCUGAGGAGGAGCCAGCAUGUCCGUUUCUGUGAUAACAGACACGUAUACGUCCAUCGACCGGCCGGCGGUCUCUGAGACCCCCACCGGUGCUAAUGCUACAGGGCAGGAACGAGACGCCCUGCUGGCCGUGGCCGAGGUGGUGGUGCUGGCGGUCAUCUUAGUGAUGGCGUUACUUGGCAACGGGCUGGUCCUGGUGGUGUUGCUAAGACGAAGGCGACACCACAACCCCCUGCACCAGUUCAUGCUGAACCUUUGUGUGGCUGACCUGGUGGUGGCGCUGUUCCAGGUGUUGCCCCAGCUCGUGUGGGACGCUAAGGGACGCUUUCCUGGUCCUGACUUCUUAUGUCGCCUGGUGAAGUACCUUCAGGUUCUUGGAAUGUUUGCCUCCUCCUACAUCAUCGUAGCCAUGACAGUGGAUCGCCACUAUGCUAUCUGCUGCCCCCUGCAGGCACAUCGCAGCGGGGCCACGAAGCGCUGGAACAGCUUCAUCGUGCUGGCCUGGGUACUGUCGCUGCUGCUCAGCCUGCCACAGGUCUUUAUCUUUUCCCGUUCUGAGUUGGCUCCAGGUGUGUAUGAAUGUUGGGGCAACUUUGCCGAGUCCUGGGGCCUCAAAGCCUACGUGACGUGGAUGACGCUAGCCAUCUUCAUCCUCCCCGUUCUGAUCAUCACCAUCUGCCAGGUGCGAAUCUUCAAGGAGAUUCAUAACAAUCUGUACCUGAAAUCAGACUGCCGCCUGUCCCCCGCUGCUCUCCCUCAAUUAAGAAAAGAAACCCAGAGAGGAAAAAGAGGAGGAGGAGAAGGAAAGUCUAAUGUCCCCUUCUAUGUUUCCCCCCUCGUGUACAACAACCCUGGAAAUGACAGCAGUUUGGACCCUGUGUCCACCUAUCAGCACCUCCCGAUGGCUCAGCUGCAAGCCGGCGUCCCACCAGAUCCAACACCGCCCUCUGCUGCCUGCUCACCACACCCCACCAAACUGCCUCCUGUCAGAGGUGGAGAGGUAACAGCAGCCAUGUCAAAGACGGUGAGGAUGACGCUGGUCAUUGUGCUUGUGUACUCGCUCUGCUGGGCCCCGUUCUUCAGCGUCCAGCUCUGGGCCGCCUGGGACCCUGACCCACCUCAGAACGGUGUAGCGUUUACCCUGCUGAUGCUGUUGGCCAGUCUAAACUCCUGCACCAACCCCUGGAUCUACUCCGCCUUCUCCAGCAGCGUCUCCCCGGAGCUUCGUCUGCUGCUUCACUGUCGACCGCACACUCGGCGCCGAGCUUCCGAAACAAACGACUCCACCAUCACGCACACCUCCAACUGAACACUGGACACGAUGAAGGGCAACUCCCUCUCAGUGGCACAGCUGAGUCGGCUGAUGUUUAAGGAAAUAUUAGCUGAACUUUUAAAAUGAGACCCGAGUGAACCCAUGUGAAGGGGCGCUGAAAAUGAACAGGGGUGAGUGGAGCGAGGAUUUUUAUUACAAUAGAAAUAUGUGGAAAAAAAUUCUAAAACAAAAAUGUAACUGUGUGUAUUGCCUUAGCCAUGAACAACACAAUAACUACAUUAUUGGGCUUCAGCACUGCAGAGCUCCAUCACUCACACACCCUCCAUGACACCAUGGAAACCACGAGUCUCUCCAAAGACUACAAAAAUCCAUCUUCCAGCACCUGUGAGGCUCAUUUCUGGGUCGUGUUUGUUAAAUCUGAAUGUUAGAGCUAUGCACUCAUUCCAUUUCAUUAGGUACACCAGUGCAAAUUCUUAAAUCAGCCAAUCAAAUAACUUUGUCUGCACGACUGAAAGCACCAUGUUGAGACAACCAGCUGAAGUUCAAACCGAGAAUCACAACAAGUAAUUUAAGUGAUUUUGGAAAAGGUGUGAUUGUU